AUGUAUUCCAUUUUUGUCCUUUUUGUUGCAGCACCACCUAAAAAUUUUAAAAUCUAUGAACUCCCGGAGUUCGCUGAGGUUUGUUGCUUCAUACACUACUUUGGUGAGAAACUUGGAGUGCUCUUCACAUUUCCUAGAGUAGCCCGCCUGCUGUCAUGUGAAACCGAUGCUGACCUUCAGUCCCUGACGACACUGCUAGUGAAGCUUUUGAACAAGAUGCGAAUCCGGACGCAGUUGAACCGUUGGCAACCGGCACUUGGUCGUUUCCUUCAGCGCUACGCCUACAACAGCGAGGACUUGCUCGGUGUCGGCAAUGAUCUGAACGGUCCUAGUAGAAGUUCUCCCCUCACCACCUCCACCACUGCCGCCGCCCCCUCCUCCCCCUUCUUCUCCCUGCCGCUUGAGCUUCGUCUUCGCGUCCUUCUCUUCUGCCUGGAAGCCCAGUUUCACCUUAAUCCUGCCUUCAAGGAGAAGGUGAAGACCAUCGAUGCGCAUGUUCUGCGUUCCAGGCCCUUUGGAGUGGACGUCUUGGGCAAUGCCUACUGGCUCCUCAUUGACACUGAGUUCAACUUCCUGUUGUAUUGCGAAUCUGCGGAUGACUCGACACUCAAGCUCAUCAGUGACACUUUUGCGUCUCUGGAAGGUGUGAUAGAAGGCUUGAAGGACGAGAAGUACGCGAAAACGCCCCUGUCCGAGCUCUAUUCGUCCUGUGGAUACGUCCCGAAGCCCGAACCACCGGAAUCGAUGGACGCGCCGUCGUCGGACGUCGAGGAGACGAAGCCCAUCGAGGGUGUGGAGCGUGUGAAGGUUGAAGAACCCGAUGGUUGUGGCAAAUCGGAGGCGGUGGUGCAUAGCGAGGAGCAAGCGGCUGUGAAGGAGGCGGGGGAGGAGGAGGAAGAAGAAGAGAAGCCAGAGAUGGAGGCAGGCGUCGACAAAGCCGCGGUGUCAGCUACGUUUGAAGAAGAACCGCUUUGCCCUCAGAAAGACACCGACACUGCUGAGCACCCAGCCAAGGAGCCCACUUGUCUGCGUCGCAGUGGCCGCCUACGCAAGCAGGUUGAGUUUCUCACCAUGGAGGCCUUCACGAGUUCCAAGCCCCGUGCAAAGAAGGGCUCCUCGUCCAACUCUGUGUCUGGCGCGAAGCCAUCCAGCUCAAAGAAAAAGAAGAAGAACAAGAAGCGCGAGAGGGGCAGGACAAAGGAAAAGGCUAAUCGAAGCAAGAAAAAGCAUCGGCGAAAGAAAUCGAAGAAUGGGGGUAACGGGAAUGGCUCGCCGUGGGCUCGGUCGCUUGAAGAGUCAAACACCGAGGACGACGCCUGGACCGAUGCGAUUGACGAAAUGCUGAACAACGGGCUAGCCGACGACGACGACAACAGCAACUCCUCCCUGCCAGAGGACGAGAAGCACGCGCCCAAGGACUGGCUCGAGGAUCUUGAGAGCGACUUCGACCCGAACGCCGAGGACGUGGACGAGCCGGUCGCGGGUGGCCGGAACCUUCAGCGCCAGAAGGCCCAAGCCCUGGACGAGGCUCCUUGCCAGAUCUGCACCAAGUCGAACCACCCUGAGUGGCUACUGCUCUGCGAUUCUUGUGAUCUGGGCUUCCACGCCCAGUGUCUUCGACCUCCGCUCCACCUCAUCCCUGAGGGCGAUUGGUUCUGUCCGCGGUGCUUGCACUCUCGCCUCGUCGAAGCCCUCUCCGAGCAGCUGGUGAGCCUGAAGGCCAAGAGCAGGAAGUCGGACAGCGCCGCGCGGAUGCAAGAGCGGCUCAACUUCGUCAACAUCAGUGUCACCAACAUAUUGAGAGACGAACGCACGCGACGGCCUCCAGCCGCCGCCGCCGCCGUGGACGACAGCGAGUCCUACUACAGCGACAGUGACUCCAGUGGAGGAAGCAGCAACGCCAGUGACGACAAGACCGCGUCACGACUCAAGCGAAAGCGUCCGCGGUACAACAACAGCAGCGCUUCGUCCGAGGAGGGCGAGGAGGAGGCGGCAGCGGCGGAGGAAACACCGCGUAUUCGCGCCACUCGUCGACAAGGUGUCCGCUACAAUGUGAACGCGGCCUUCGAGGAACUCGACGAGAUGCUCGCUGCCGACGAAAAGUACGCCAUGGAGAAGUUGGAGCGUGACCAGGUAAAGAAGAAUCCGCCAGCGGAGUCGCUAGACGACGUGGGCUCCAACGGUCCUCCUCUUAUCGGCGCGCCUUUGCACAAAGCUGUUCGCAAAAAGGCCAUCUCGUCGUCGUCGUCCUCGGAGUCUGACGGGGCGGGACGACGGCGCCGGCGCAGACGUGUCUCUUCUGGCAGUGAGGACUUCCAGCCGUCGAAUGAACAGGACGACGAGGAGGAGGAAGAUGACGAGUUAGCGUCGCCUUCUGCCUCCUCGGAAGAUCCGCCGUCGUCCGAGAACAGUUGGGAGGUCGGUCGGAGAUCCCGGGGCCUGCGUCGUCGAGCAACCAGUGGGCGGAAUCGCGGUAGAAGAAAAAGGACUAGCCGCCGACGCAUUCCACGAUUCGAGGGCUCCUCAAGUAACGACGACAGUGGACCGCGAGUUAGGCGCAGCGCCCGAACUCGUGUGAAUUACAACGAAAUCGACACCACUGAAGACGAGGAUGAGGUAGAGAAGAAGGAAAACGAUGACAAUCCAUUUUCUGGACAAAGACGGCGACGCACUGUCGCUUCCUCGGGCAGUGAAUACGCUCCUAGCGACCAGGAAGUUGCCGAGGCCGAUGCGGGUGAGGGGGCGGAGGCUUCAGGAGCAGUGAAACCUUCGCCAUCUCACGUGUCACAAUUGCCGGUAGCUAGUCGUGGAACAUCAGACUCUUCUGGUAGUGAGGACCAAGUCGGAGACGAAUCGGGAUCGCCUCAACGAGCACCAGCCUCUCCCAGUGAAACUGGACGCGACGUGAUGGUGAAGAAGGAGAUGUCACCGCGUGGAAGCCACGCAACCCCUAGUGACCUUGAUAUCGACGAAUCGGAGGAGGAAGAGGGCGAUGCAGCCGUCAGCGUCACCUCUCAAAACCUUGUAAUCGAUGAGCACACCUCUCCAACACCCGGCAACGAAAGGUCACCGACAAUUCGUGCCACUUCCGAGGUUUCAGGAGGUCCGAUGGACGCUGCGCGAUCUGGCAGUCCGUCAUUUUGA